UGGCGUCGUUUUGGUUAGGGUGUUGCAAUUUUACUGCUUGAAUUUAUGGUUUAAUCGCGUUAUAGCCUUAUCUUGGCAGUGAAUUUAUGUGCAUUUCAAUUGAUCGAGUGUUUAUAUAUGAACAUGUAAAAUUUUAUUUUUUAAUUCAGCCUGAGUGUUUGGAAAAAUUAGAAAAACGUUUGACGUUCUACACGUGUUUCCGAGUUUGUUUUCAUCUGAAACUUCAGGAGAAGUAGUAUAAAAUUAUACAUCUGUAAAUAACUUAACUACUUCGGUAAAAAUGGUAUUGAUCUUAGUUAAGCGAUGACACCACCAGUGGAAUAGAAACAAAAAGCAAGAAUGACAGAAACACCUUUAGCUCAGUACGUAUCCUUGGAGGAAAGUCUUUCUCAUAAUCCUUCCAACAAAAUGACUGAAGAAGAGCAUGGUCAAGAAACUUCUAGUUGGAAUGGUAGAUCUUCAGAAGACCUUAUUCAUACUGCAGGACUGAAUUCACCAGUAACCCAUAAGUUACCAACAACUAACAAUCCUGUUGGUACUGUGUCUCAGCCAUUGCUUCAAAUGUCAACACCAGUUAUGUCUCCACCAAAGAUGGGUUCACCUGACCCUGUGCAUGACUUGCCCCAGGAGCUUUUGGAUGCUGGCUGGAGACGUUUCUGGAGUAGGCGAGAAGGGCGACCAUAUUUCUUUAACAAGCUAACAAAUGAAUCUUUGUGGGAAUUGCCUCAGCUGGAAAAAGUAAAUUCAACACAGUUUGACCCCAUUACUGACCCACUUGGCAUUCAGAUUCAGACCCCAACAACACCUCAGACUCCUGUCUUUCCACCAAGCCAAGUGCCUCUAUUGCCACAGAGAGCAGGAGAAAAACGACGGGCAUCAGUAGCAGAAGAGACAGCAGUCCCCAACAAACGUUUUAUAUUGUUUGGCCCAUGGGAUCUAGAAAUUCCAACCAAUGUAAUAAUCUGGGAUCGAACCCCUUCACUCCUACCUCCCCCUCAUCCAGAAGUAGAGCAGUUCAGAGCAUCUUUAGUUGCAAAACUCCGUCAGCAGUAUAAAGAAAUGUGCCAUUCUCGAGAAGGUAUUGAUGCACCAAAAGAAUCCUUCAAUCGGUGGCUGAUGGAAAGAAAGGUGAUUGACAAAGGUAAUGAUCCACUCCUCCCGAGCAACUGCCAACCUGAAGUUUCUUACACCAUGUAUCGGGAGAUCAUGAACGACAUCCCUAUAAAGUUAGUCCGGCCAAAGUUUUCUGGAGAUGCACGGAAACAGCUAUCAAAAUAUGCAGAAGCCUCUAAAAAAAUGAUCGAAUCUAGAAAUGCCUCAUCUGAAAGCAGAAAAAUUGUUAAAUGGAACUCAGAAGAUGCCUUUCAGUGGAUUAGGCAGACCCUUAACGCUUCCUAUGAUGAUUAUUUGGAAAGAUUGGCACACCUAAGGCAACAGUGCCAACCCCAUCUUGUAGAAGCAGCUAAAACAUCAGUAGAAGGAAUUUGCACUAAAAUAUAUCACAUGUCAUGUGAUUAUGUCAAAAAAAUACAUGAAAAACACUGGGCAAUUUUAAAUCAGCAUGAUAUACAGGAAAUCACCAGUGCACUACAAGUCAACAAUCCCAAGAAGGUAUUUUGUUAUCCAGUCCAAUUUGCUAUCUCAACUCCACGAUUACCUGGAGUCGACCUACUCACAGAUAGAGAUGUAACCCUCCUCCAGUUUCGUGGAGAUGUUGUUCGAAUAAACACGCUAUAUUUUCAGAAAUUAGAACAACUGUACAGAUGGAACUGCACUGAUGACCGCAAGUUUGAGUAUUUCUUAGCCAGGGUUUGGUGCAUGUUAAAGAGGUAUCAGACAUUCAUUGGCUCCAGUCCUAACGAAGGUCACAGCACUCAAGUAGCACUACCAGUAUCUGUCUUUGAUUGUUUGAACAAACAGUUUGGAGUUACUUUUGAAUGUUUUGCUUCCCCACUGAAUUGCUAUUUUCGUCAGUACUGCUCAGCAUUUCCUGACACUGACAGUUUCUUUGGGUCUCGGGGGCACAUCCUCAAGUUUUAUCCAGUUAGUGGAUCAUUUGAGGCUAACCCACCUUUUUGUGAAGAGCUCAUGGAAGCAGUUGUAGGCCACUUUGAGAAACUGCUUAGUGAGUCACAAGAACCUCUGUCAUUUAUUGUGUUCUUACCAGAGUGGCGAGAUCCUGUCCCUACAUCUCUUGCUAGGCUUGAAUCCAGCAGGUUUAAAAGAAAGCAACUUUUAAUCCCAGCUUUUGAACACGAGUAUCGUCAUGGAUUUCAGCAUCUCAAUGUACGGGGUGAGAUUAGCUGCCGCUCUUCCCAUGGAACAGUGGUUGUGUUUCUCCAGAAUGAUGCAGGCUUUGUUCGAUGGGGACCCACACAAGAAAAAGUGGACCAUCUACUGGAAAUGUACAAGCCUGGCAAAGACAAGGAACGAGAGCAUUUUCUAGCACCACCUAGAGUGCAACCUCAAGCCCCUCAGACAGUCGUCACAAACAGUCAGCCACAGAAGCCAUCACCUCAAAUACCAGUGGCAAAAAUGCAUAUUGUUGCUGCACAACCAAAUCCAGUGUUCCAGCAGACAGAACCCACUAUUGCAGAACAUAAAUAAAAUUUUAAUGCCAUUAUAAAUACUUUAGAUAAAAGGGAGGAAAACAAGUUCAUCAAAAGCUUUGAAUAUGGAAGUGACUGUAAUUUUGUUGUAAUAUAGAAUUGUAAAGUUCUUGAGCUAGAUGUUACCUAUCUUGCUCUGAAAUUACUUGUGAUCCUCAUAAGUAGCGACAUCUCUAAGCAAGUAUUGGAAUUGUUAUAAUUAAAAUUUUAAUAUGUUAAUUAGCAAAUUUAAAAUGUAGACAUCAUUGUAAAAAUUUUAAACUGUAAUAUUAAGGUAAAGUACUGAAAGUGAUUAGUAGUGGUUUUUCAGCAGUAAACUGUAAUGGUAAUCAUACUGGGUUGUAGCUUUGGAUCAGAUAACAAUAUUGAUUUUGGCAGUUUGAAUAUUUUUUUGCAUUACAUCAAAAUACAGUGCCCUGUGUGAUGACUGGGCUAUAUUUUUUCUGUGGAACACUUAUUAUGGUGAUUGAGAUGGACUGUGCAUUAGAAGAGAGUGCAUUUUCUGGUGACUGGGCUUGACUUGUGACUUCAGAUCAGGAAACAUUGCCAUAUCUGGUAGUCGAACUGUGAGAAUUGGAUCAAAGACUAUGUAUUUUAUUGUGAUUGUGCUCGAGUUAUUGUUAUGAAUCUUAAGACAUUUCCACAUGUGGUGAUUGGACUGGACUGAGUAAGUGUUGGGUCAAAAGUAAUGUUAUUGGUGAUGACUGGGUUGGGUUAGUAGAAAGAUUUGUUUCUUGUGGCUUGACAAGGAUAUGCAUUGUGUCUUUUGGAUCAGGAAAUGAUAUUAAGUAUAUGAAAGAGGAUGAAAUUUUACUAGGUCACUGAAUUGAAAGUGAAUGGAUAGAAGGUACUCUUCUUUUUAUGGUUGUUUGAACUGUAUACAUAACAUAAUUAAAAUCAGAAUUUGUUGUUAUAGAAAAUUUGAUCAAAGAUGUUCACGUGAACUCUCAAUAUUAGAUGUUUUUUUUUUCUCAUCAUCAUCAUAAUAAAUUUGUAUCUUCAUUUAGCUUAAGACAUCAAAAUGAAUUUACGAUUUUAUGGGGGGGGGGGUGUCAACCUUCCAUUGAAAUAUUCUCUGCAACUAAGUAAUUUUAUUUUGCAAUUUUUUUUAUGUGCAAUCUCCUUCACGAGUUCUGACUUGUUUCCAUAAGAUGGUGUUUAAGAUUGUAUGUGAAAACAUAGUAAGAUAGGGAAUUUUGGUGAAUGUCUUUGUGAAUUACAUGUGAAGAAAGAUUUUUUAUCUAAUCUUGAAAACAAGUGUAAUAUAUCAGUAUAUUUGUACAGUACACAUUAUAUUGUGUAACACGUGUAUAGCCACUGUUUUUAGGAACCAAAAUACCUUGUUUAGUGGUUAGUUGUUAAGAUGUAUUUUAGAUGAAUAUAUUCUUCUUUUUUUUUCUGUUUUUGGAUUUUAUAAGACCUUAAAUCAAAUAAUUAUGUUUUUCAUUACAGAACUGGCUUGUUAAUUUUUAACUACUGCAGCUUAAAAGACUAUAUGUAACUCUCUGGUUUAUGACAGUUGCUAAUUUACAGGUUUAGUUUGACCUGUUAAUAUGGAUAGAAUUUAGGAAGACUGUCAAUAAUACAAGUUCUUAAUAACAAGUCAUUUUUUUGUAAUGAAUUUUAUUUUAAAAAUUAUGUUUGGAGAAAUGAAAGUUGUAUACCAGACAAACUAUAUUUUAUGUUUAGAAAAACACUAAGUAAUUGGAUAUGUAAGAUUUUUUAAUAGGCAUACAACCUAUAGCCAAAAUAUUUUAUUCAUAUACAUGUAAAAUAUAAAUAUAUAUAUAUAUACAAUAUAAUUCUUGAACUUAUGAGAACCCAGAAAAGGUUUUCUCUCUCAAGGAACUUUUCUAGUAAACUGAUUAUGAUUUUUAUCAUAUUUACAAUAUAAACUUAGCAAAUUUACAUAUUUUGACAAAAAAAAAAGAGGGGGGUGGUGGAAUGCUCACAUUAUGGAACUUGCUAUUUUUUAUGUAAAUGUUAUUUGUCUGUGAGCUGUAACAAUAUGCAGUACAGUAAAUUAGACUUGUCCUGACUUACUGUAGGAGAUAAACCACGCUUCACAAUAGUCCGAUUUUAUGUUUAUUGUAAGCGUUGGCCCAGCUUUCAUCUUACUAUUUGAUUAAAUGUUGUAGGCUUAUGUUCUCUUAGCUCGAUACAUUUAGCUUACCCAUCUCUUGCUACUUUAUGUAAUGUUAUCAAUACCAAUACCUUAUUUUAAUUUGCCAGUUUAAGCAAUUCAGCUUACAUCGUAUAGUUUCUAUGUUGCGACGUACACAAACUUCUGUAAUAACUUCUAUUAAGCUGUAAUAACUGAUGAUGCCUUUCAGGCUUACCUAGUUUUACUGCAACAUAUCCCAAUUUUACACUGCAAGAGAAAACCUAUCUUAUACUGAGCAGUCGGACAGUGUGUUACAUUAUUAGCCAAAUGUAUUGUAAGAAAUAUCCAGGUUCAGUUACAAUAUUAUGAUUGUGUAAUACGUGCUUAUCCACAUUUAUUGUUUAAAAAAAAUUCUGUAAAGUAUGAUUGUGCAUUGCUAAUUUAGUGUAAGUAAGGUAAAGAUUUUUUUAUCACUAAAAAUUCUUUGGAAGGAUAUAGAUAAAACAUAAAAAUAACAAAACAUUUGUUGAUGAAUGUAGGUAUUUCAGAAAUUGUAGAUACAGAAUUAAUUUUAAAUUAGAAAAACUGAAAAGUUUUACGUUAUUUUGAAGCCAGUUCAUUUUAUUUGUUUGGUCUGUUAGUGUGGCUUUAAUUUACUUUUAAAUUUCAUUGAAAUCAACAAUAGGAGUAAGAAAAAAAAAUUUAUUAAAGUACAAUGUAAAACAUAUGUAACCUAGUUUAAGAGACAUUUGUCUUUCAUAAAUACUUUUUUUAACAUUUUUAAUAAUUAAUAAACUUCAGUUGUCUUUUUCUUUUGAUCUUGAAUCAUCUGAAAUAUAGUUGAAGGUAAAAAAUUUGUGAAACACUUGAUCUGCAGCUAAGCAGAAUCAAAAUUAAAAGCAUUUUGUCACAAAUACAGGGUGUCCCAGAAUACUGGACCCAUAUGGACAAAUACACAAUUUAUUCUUGAUUUAUUUAUUAUUCAAAUUAUAUGCCAUUAACAGCCACACACACAUAUCAAUUCUUGGUACACUGUGCCAUCAGGGUAUCUUAUUUCCAGAAGUAUGUACGACUGACAUUAGAAAUGUGUUAGUUUAACUUUAAGAAUAUAAUGUCUAUUUUCCAGUCUUCUGGGACACCCUGUACAAUGUUUGGAAACAAGAUGUUUUAGCAAGUUGAUGACUAUAAAUAUACUUUUCAUAGAACUUGUUGAAUUUAAUAACAGAAAUACAGUAUAAUAAACCACUUUAUUAGUGGUGAGAUGUAUUGGUUAUAAUUAAACUGAAACAACUUUA